GCGAGCGGGGCGGUGCCGCCGCUGUUGCCGUCCGGUGCCGCAGGAGAAGGUCGCCCGCUCGCCCGCUCGCUCCGGGGGACUCCCAGGAUCUCGCUCAGCCGCUCCCGCCGUCCCGAGCACUCGGGGACAUGUCGAGGUGGGCGGAAGCCCGGUGGGCCGGCGCCAGACGGCGGACGGCGGCCGCGGCACACUCGCCCUCCUCGAGCUUUCCCCGGAGACGCCUCCCUUUACACGCGCCCCGAGCUUGAAGGCGCUGCCACAGCGAGGAGGCACCGAUAGGGAGCAGGACGCGCCGCCGCCGCACCGGGAAUUCUGCUGGGAAUCGCGCCGGGGAUCGCCCCGGGAGCCGCCCCGGGAGGAUGAAGCUGCUGGAGAAUUCCAGCUUCGAGGCCAUCAACUCCCAGCUCACCGUGGAGACGGGGGACGCGCACAUCAUCGGCAGGAUCGAGAGCUACUCGUGCAAGCUGGCUGGCAUUGACAAGCAGCUCUUCAAGCAGUUCUGCCAGGAGGGACAGCCCCACGCCCUGGAGGCACUGUCCCCUCCCCAGACCGGGGGCGUGGGCACUGGGAGACAGGGCAGGGGACACCCCGGUGACGAGGACAGUCCCCUCAGUGACACGUGCAGCCGCAAGACGCUGUUCUAUCUCAUCGCCACCCUGAACGAGGCGUUCCGGCCCGACUACGACUUCAGCGCCGCCAAGAGCCACGAGUUCAGCAAGGAGCCCAGCCUGAACUGGGUGGUGAACGCGGUGAACUGCAGCCUGUUCUCGGCCGUGCGCGAGGAUUUCAAGGCGCUGAAGCCGCUGCUGUGGGACGCGGUGGACGAGGAGAUCUGCCUGAGCGAGUGCGACAUCUACAGCUACAACCCCGACCUGGCGUCGGAUCCCUUUGGCGAGGACGGGAGCCUCUGGUCCUUCAACUACUUCUUCUACAACAAGCGGCUCAAGAGGAUCGUCUUCUUCACCUGCCGCUCCAUCAGCGGCUACACCUACACCCGGCCGGACACCGGCACCGAGCUGGACAUGGACCUGGGCGACACCGACACCGGCGCCGGCGGCAGCGGCGACCCCGAGGGCGGCGGCAUCGAGGGGGACAGGCUGCAGGUGAUGUGCAUGUGAGAUUCCCGACCGGAUCCAAGACACCGGGAACGGAACCGGCAACGGGAACAGAACCAGCAAUGGGACUGGAAAUGGACUGGGAAUGAAACCAGCACUGGGAAUGGGACUGGGAAUGGAACCAGCACUGGGAAUGGAACCAGCACUGGGAAUGGGACUGGGAAU